AUGGCGCCCAAGCCCGGCGGCAGCACCGACGGCCCGCCCGGCAACUGGCGGAACCGGAAGCAGGGGGCGGGCACGCCGCGGCGGCGGCGGCUCCUCUGUCCCGCGCUGGGGGGCGGAGCCGUUUGUUCCCGAGGAGCGGGAGGAGCGGCAGCCCUGGGGCCUGUUCCCCCGCUCCCUGAGGGGCAGCCCCGGCGGGCGGCACGUGCUGCCGGGAGCCCGGCCCGCCACUCUGGCAGUAGCGAGCGGCUACUAAGGCCGAGCGGUCCCGGUGCUCUGCUUGUGUGCUCUCGCCCCGUGGGUAGGUGGGGCCGCCCAGAAGCGGGAAAACGCUCCCAGCGGAUUGGAGGGAGGGACGGAGGCGGGCCGGGCGGGCGGCCGCGCCCCCAGGAUGGCCUAGCUCGGCUGUCGGAGCUUUCCCGCGCUCGGGCUGUCGGGCAGAGCCAAGCAGUGCAGGCGAGUGCGGGUGGCUCGGCCCCCCCCUACCCGGCGGGGGUUUCGUUUCCUCAGCGGAGGCGCGCUGCCUGGAAGAGGAACUUGCCUGAGGCGGGAGGCGGGAACCCCCUUGCCGCGGGGCCGCACUCACUGUUCUGCGAGUGCGGAAAGGGAGCGGAGGCCAUGGACGGCGCCGGUGGCAGAGGGGAGCGGGGCAGGCGGGGGGCGCGGCCCGUAGCCUCGCGGGGCCGGGGCGCGGUGAGGGGCGCAGCCCGCAGCUCCUCGCCGGGCCGGGACGCAGGCGGCAGCUCGGGCGGCGCCGCGACCCUCCAGGCGCCGCAGAGGAACGGAUCUACCGCCCGGCGCGGCCGCCCGGCGCAGCAGCGCUCCGCCGUCAGGAGCCCGCCGGCGGGCCCGGCAGCGGACGACGAAGAGGCGCUCCCCGCUCCUCAGAGCAGGGCGUCGGCCGCAAGAGCCCCCGCAGUGCGAAGGCGAGCGGCGGUGCCCGACGGCAUGGUAGCCGUGGCCGUCCGCCAGCCCUCGUCGGUAGUGGGCUCCCUGCGCCUCCGGGACGUGCUGUCGCAGCUCAGCCUGGGCCGUCAGGACGUGUCCGAGGCGUCGGGGCUGGUGAAUAACGUCGUCUCGCAGCUGAUCCAGGCCAUCCGGAGCAAAGACGGCACCUUCAACUCCAUCGAGCGGCUGGGCGCCGGCAGCUACUACGAGCGCGUCAAGACAUCUGAACCAAAUGAGUUUGACAUCAUGCUUGUAAUGCCUGUUGCAAGACUUCAGCUGGAUGAAAGUGAUGAUACUGGAGCCUAUUAUUAUCUAACAUUCAAAAGAAAUCCAAAAGAAAAGCAUUUGCUUGAGUUUUUAGAUGAAGAUGGAAAAUUAUCAGCCUUUAAAAUGCUUCAAGCACUAAGGGAAAUUAUUAAACGAGAAGUAAAACACAUUAAACAUGCGGAAGUAACUGUGAAAAGGAAAAAGGCUGGAAGCCCUGCAAUAACUCUUGAGAUCAAACAUUCUACAACAGAAAUAUCAGUGGACAUCAUCUUGACUUUGGAAGUUCAGCAGAGCUGGCCACCCAGCACACAGGAUGGCCUCAAAAUUGAACAGUGGCUGGGAACAAAAGUCAGGAGAGAUUUCAGAAAUAAAUCAAUUUAUUUAGUAGCCAAACAAAACAAAGAAGAAAAGGUUCUAAGAGGAAACACCUGGCGACUCUCUUUCUCACACAUUGAGAAGGCCAUGAUCAACAACCACGGCCAGUCAAAGACAUGUUGUGAAUCUGAUGGACCAAAGUGCUGUAGGAAAGCUUGUCUUAAGCUUCUGAAGUAUCUUCUAGAGCGACUUAAAAUGGAACAUACAAAAGAGUUAGAAAAAAUCUGUUCAUACCAUGUCAAAACUGCUUUUUUCCACUCAUGUGCCAUGUGGCCGAAUGACACGGACUGGCAUUUGGGAGACUUGGAUCAUUGCUUUCAGAAAUACCUGAGCUAUUUUCUGGAUUGCCUGCGAAAGUCUGAGCUGCCACACUUUUUUAUUCCCAAAUACAACCUGCUCAGCCAGCAAGAUAAAGCAAGCAGUAAUUUCCUUUCAAGAAAAAUAAACAAUCAAUUGAACAACAGAUUCCCAAUAUUUCAGGAGAGCUAUUGUAAACAAUGUCUUUAGUACCUAUCUAAUCAUGUGGAUUUGCAUAUGUAAAACCAGAAGUUCUGCACCUUAAGUUACUCCUCAGCAGUCUGACAGUACAAAUAACAAAAAAUAUCAAGAUGACUAAGAGAAAAUUGUGUAUUUCAGUCACACUGCUUGGACAUAACCCUUAAAAGAAAUAUUACUUAAAAUGUCAUAUUUAUCUUCCCUAUCCAAAUGUAGAUGUCACCUGCAAAAUAUCUUCUAGGUAUACUAAGAACUUGUAGAAGAAUUUGCAAUAGUUAAUUUCCCACGUGUAAUUUCUACAAUUCCAAAUAUAAAGGCAUCAAUGACUAGGUAAAGUGGAAAAUGACAAUUUUAUUUAAAAUGAAGACUGAUUGCAGAAUAUCCAAAAAUACACUCUUGCUUUCAAAAGAAGAAAAAAAGUCACUGGAGUUACUUUGACAUAAACCAGAACAACUUCUCCAGAUCAACUGGGUGAAGACAUUUUGCAGAGGAUAGUCACCAGCAACGUUAAGCAGAAAGAGAAGACAGUAUCAAAACAACAUGAAGUUCCUGAAGUAACUUAUCUUUUCUGAGUCUUCAGAAUUGCUUUGGAAAUUAGUCUUUUCACUGGACUUCAGAUGGGAAGCAAUCAUUAUCUAAUGUGCUGCAAGAGAGUAAAAGUCAUUGUGCCAGUGAGCAUAUGUGUGAUGAAUCUUGUAGAAAGAAAUGAAUCUUCAACCCCUACCAAAGAGGAAGGGUCUCCAUGUGAAAGGUUAUCAAAAGCAAAAUUCUCAGAAUCAGAAUUCAGCUCAAUUUUUCUUAUGUUGAAGAGUGUAUUAGGAAAAAAGAAUAAUUGUAAUAUUUCCUAUUACUAAAAUUGUGCAGGUGAUAAAUACACAGCAUUUGGGAACUGCUGUGCUGUAAGUAAAAAUAUCUUUUUCUUAAACAAAGCCAUGGAAAGUCCGUAUUUUUAGCCUACUGUUUGAAGGCGAAAUAACCUACUGGCUAAACUAAUGCCCAGAUUUCACCUCAAUUAUGAGCAAAUAAAAAAAGAGGGAAGGCUAGAAGAACAUGUAGAGUAAUUUUACUAAAAUAUUCUAAUCUCAUUCAAUUCAGUUUAUUAGUUUUUCAUUUACUCAUAUGACACAUGAAUAAACACAAGCUCAGACCAAGCAUCAAACGAAGGAAUAGCUUCUUCUCAUUUAACGUCCAAAGAGUGAAACCAUACCCCAUUUUCAUUAGGGGUCUGUGUGACAGAACCUGACAGUGAAAUGUAAAAUAUGAGUCAACUUUAUCUGAAAGAAAAAGCUGACAUUCAAAUGUAUUUUUUUUCAUGACUUUGUUAAAAUUGCUCUAGUAAAUUCUGUUUUUCUUCCUUAAGGCAGAAAAUUACAUCCAUGAGAACAAAAGUAGAAGCUGUUUUUCUUCCAGUUAGCCACAAACAGAUACUUCGUGUUAUGCUCUCCUCCAUUAGGAGGAAAUGCACUUCUCUCAAAAAAAAGCUCGAGACACAAGUCAUAACAAAAAUGACUUUCAAUGUUAAGUUUUUUAAAAAAAAAAAUCCAAACACUUUGCUUCAGCAAACAUCAGUUUUUGCAAGCAGUAGUUUUUAAAUAACUAAGUUAUCCUUAGAAAUACUUCUGCAUGCCACUGGCAGAUGUGGCGUAUCAAUGCAAAAAGUACAGUAUUUUGAAGCCACACUGACGAACAUUGCUUAUGUUCACUAAUCCAGUUCUCUGAAAAUGAAAGGAAAAAUUAUCUUUUACAUUCUUAUAUAUUAAUAGUGUAUUUAACUACAAAAAAACCCCCACCGAAAACCAAACCCCCCCCAGACACCAAACAAACCCACAAGAAAAAAAUAAUGAAAUUAUUUUUUCUUGAAUAAAAUAGUGCCCAAGCACAAAACUAGAUUUAUUUCUAUAUAAAGUUAAUCCAGUUUUCUUUUCUAAGCCACUUUUAAAAUGCAUUUUAUUUAAAUGGGAUAGGUACAGAAAACAAGCAAGGAAGAAAAGAAACUUCUAAAUUCAAGCCUGUAGAUGCUAACAGUUAAGUAUAAUCACUUACUUUGUUUUGGUAACUUCAAAGGAUUAGUUACUUUGAGGGCCGCCUUGGAGGUCUUCGUACAUCCUUUUCGAUUUCUUUUCUGAUUUGAAAUUGUUUGUAUCUUUCUGCCAUUGCAAUAAGCUCAUUAGGAACUACCUGAUAAGAAAGCAGCACGAGAGCAAGGUCUGUUUUAAAUUAAUCUAAACUUUUAGACUCAGCUUUACAAAAAUGCUAUUGAUUUGUGUGUUCCCAAACUUGGGUUUUUUUAUUUAUCUGGCUCCUGUCUCUUUGCAAAUUGUCUUUUCUGUAGAGAAAUCUUUUUAUACAAAAUUAUACUGAAAUACACUGAAAAAUAAUUAGCACAGUGUCUCUGGAUUUUCAAUGACAUAUGUAUGCUAGUAUCACUGUAUCUGAUGACAACAUAUAACCAGCUAAUUAAAACAUUAGUAUUUCAGACAGAA